AUGUUUAGCGCCAACCCGCUCACAUCCACGAUUCUGGCCAGCUGCGCGUACCGUACCGUAUCGCCUGCUUCACGCCCAACCACCCGCGCCUGCAGCCUCGUCACCGCCACGGAACCGCCAUCUGCACGUUUGACGAGUAGUCCCGUGGCAGCAGCGAGGUUGCGAGGGGCAGAGGCGUGGCGAGUGCGGGCAACGGGAGGGAAGUGCAUCGUGCACUCAACUGCGCUCACACGAAUCCGCGCAUUUCCUCCUCAUCCCUCCAAUCCAUUGCUCCUCUGCCCAUUUCUAGCACACCUGACUUGCACUCCUCCCUCAUCCCCCCCGGUCAUCCUCUCUCCCCCCUGUCCUCCCGUCUCCCUUCCCCACGUUUCACAUCCCCCCACUUCCAGUCCCUCCUUUAUCCCGUCUUCCCUUUUCCCGUCCCCCCUUUUCCCUCCCACUUUCUCCCUUACCCCCGUUUCCCUACCCUCCGUUUCCCUUCCUCUGUCUCCUCUGUCCCCCAUGUCCUCCUCUCUCACCCCUGACCUCCUCUCCCCCCCCUAUUCUCCUCUCUCUACUGUGUCAUCCUCUCUCCCUUCUAUCAUUCUCUCUCUUCCUCUGUCUUCCUCGCUCCCCUCUGUCAUCCUCUCCCCACCUUGUCCUCCUCCCCCCCUGUCCUCCUCCCCCCCUUGGCCCCCUCUCUCCCUCCUGUCCCCCUCUCUCCCCCCUGUCCUCCUCUCUCCCCCCUGUCCUCCGCUCUCCCUCAUGUCAUCCUCUCUCCCCCCUGUCAUCCUCUCUCCCCCUUGUCAUCCUCUCUCCCCCCUGUCAUCCUCUCUCCCCCUUGUCCUCCUCUCUUCCCCCUGUCAUCCUCUCCCCCCCUUGUCUUCCUCCCACCUGCCCGCUACUUUUCACUAUGUAACGCAACCUUUCCCCCCCUGUCCACUGUGCUUCAAGGCUCAUCUUCACCGGAUCAAUUCCAAACUCAGAGAUGGCAGCCCCAAUCACCCUUCCACCCUCGCCGUCAGUGGCACCCUCUCUUCCACUAGCUUGCUGCAUGGCAUGAUGCAAUCGGUGAAGGGAGCAUGUGCUUUGUUCAUAAAGCAAUGGCUUACUCCUUUCCCUCUCUUCCCCACUCCUUCACUCUCCUUCCCAUUCCUUUCCCUUUGCUUUCCUUCUGCCCUGCCAUUGCUCUGCCACUCUCCUCUUUUCCCCGUCUGCUCGGCUAAGUGUGCCGUGCAGGCUGCAGCAGGGCAGCGGGGUGCCAUGGAGGGGAGGACAUGGGCGCCCUCCUACCACACGCGCCAUAGGGCGAGUGGAUGCUGGGCUCUAUGGCACUCUCCAUGCGCCCUACCACCACACGCGCCACUCAUCCACCCCUCCUUCCCUCCUGCUUGGGCCUCCGACUUGCUGCUGCAGCUGGGGUGA